GUGGGGUGUCGAGCUGGGAAAUACAAAUCGGCAAGCUGCUAGCCGAAGCCACGGGAGGCUGGCGAGUGACUUAAAGAGGCUGUAUUACUCUUUCCAGAGGUCUGGGCCGUUCGCGGGCUUCCCUGGGACCCGCUCGGAGCGCGCGGCUUCUCUGCUGGCGCCCUGCUUCCAGGCAUGUCCUCGGAGGUGACGUUCCCCGUGCCCUGGGGCCACCUGGCAGCCAAGGCCUGGGGUCCCCCGCAGGGGCGCCCCGUGCUGUGCUUGCACGGCUGGCUCGACAACGCCAACACCUUCGACAGGCUCAUCCCGCUGCUGCCCGCCGAUUGCCGUUACGUGGCGAUGGAUUUUUCGGGCCACGGCCUGUCGUCCCACCGACCUGCGGGCUCGUUCUACCACUUCCUGGAUUACGUGAGCGAGGUGCGCCGGGUGGCGGCAGCUUUGCAGUGGAGACGGUUCACCCUGAUGGGUCACAGUAUGGGUGGAUCUGUGGCAGGAAUGUUUUGCGUCCUUUAUCCUGAGAUGGUGGACAAGCUGAUCCUACUGGAAAAUCUUGGCUUUCUGCUAGCUCCAGAGGAAACCGAGGAGUGGCUGAAAUCAAAGCGGAUGGUGAUUGACAGAUUACUGAGCCUAGAGGCGAAGCAGCAACCUCCCAAAGCGCAUAGCCCUGAAGCAGCAUUGCAGAGGCUCUUAGAAGCAAAUAGACAUCUGACAGCAGAGGGUGGGGCAAUCCUACUGCAGCGAGGAGCGACUGUGACGCCCGCUGGGCUGGUGUAUAACAGAGACAUGAGAGUCCGUACGCAGAGCCGAGAGUCCCUCACGGUGGAGCAGUGUGUGGAGCUCCUACAGAAGAUCCAGGACCGCGUUCUCAUCAUCGUAGCACAAGAUGGACUCCUGAUUCCGCACAAGCUAGACAGCAGAAAUCUCUUUGUGAAACGCCUACGGGAGGCAUUUGAGUCUGUGCUGAAAGAGCACAUCCAGCUAGUAGAGGUACCGGGGAGCCAUUUUGUACACCUGAACGAGCCCGAGGUGGUGUCUGGGAUCAUCAGCAACUUUCUGACAGCGCAGGACGCCAGAGCCAGGCUCUAGCUGGGGUCCCUGCAACAGCAGUCCAGGAGAACAGGGAGCUAAAGGCUCUGGAGCAACCUGCACCACUCCUGCCUCAUUCGACAUCAGUUUCAUGAUAUUCUGUCCUAGGCUUAGCUUGCUGCAGUGGUGGAAGCAGGUCUGCUGGGGUUCUCUGGAGGAGAGCUGAGUAGAAGUGUCUCAGUUCUCAAAGGGAGAAGGAAUCCUUCUUCUCUUCCAGCUCUGGGAGUGCAGAGAUAACACACAGGAACUCUCACCCGGAGGAAAAUGGCCUUCCACUUCCCCCAACUUCUGCAUCCUGAAAUGGAGCAGGAACGCAGGCAUAGGCAUUCUCGGUGGAAGCAGCAGUGCCAAUGGUUGUAGUAUUACAGGAGAUACACAGCUCAUUCUCACCUCCUCUCUGAGGAUAGUGCAGCCAGGCUCCUCCCAGGGUCAGAUCUACUGGAAAAAUUAGGAAAGGGCUCUGCUUUUCUCCACGGGUGCCUGAGCUGAGAGGGUUUCAGCAUCUCUGUUCUACUGCCAGGGCUGCUGCCUUUUAAAACCAGCUUAAAUGUGAGCUCACCUGUGCAUGGAAGGCCAUGUUGAAGAACUCCUAGGGUAUGAGUCAUUAAUCCUCCAGCCAGAGCUCCUAGGAGAACUCUUAGCAAUGGAAAGGUUGGUAGAGAUGAUUUCUGUUCCUCUAAAUAAAGAUAAUCUCCAAAUGCUAAUACUGUCGUCUUGACUACGUAGGAGAGCAAACCUCCUGUCUUUUGGGAUGCUUACCCAAGCAGCUAAAAUGGCAAUCUAAAGGGGAGGCAUGAUUCUUGCACGCUGAGUUUCCAUCUGCUUUCUAAACUGAUGCAAAGCCAAUUGGAGCAAGCGUACCUGGUGGACUCCCCAUGCCAUAGAAGCUGCAUUUACAGUCUGUUUUCUGCAGGAGGGUCAAUCCAUUUUAACAUAUCUCUGUGAACUUUAUCAAUGUUUCCUUCUUGCACCGAUACUCACCCCUUUAUCGAGGCUGCAGGCAGUGAGGUAGGUGUGUGUGUAUAAGCCUGGGGGUAGGGGAGUUACCACUCCUUCCUUUCUGAUCACAGCAGAUGCAGUCAUGGAGCAUGAUAGGGUCAAUCGUUAAGGCCCAAGGCUGCCUACGUUAACGCAGGCAGUAAAAUGAUGCCAGGUUAAAUGGAAUAAGGCCUUGGAAGGAGUUUGCUUUCUCCCUCCAAAGCCAGGCUGCUAUCUCACCUGAGCUUGAGCGUGCUGAGCAGCAGAAGCUCCCAUAGCCCAGGCCAGACCUAGCUGUAAAGGUACAGACGCAGCUGUAGGGCUGGGCACUUCAAGAUCUAUCUAAGAAGGAGCUGCCUGGGAGGAAAAUGCUGAGGGAAAGGGCAAUGCUCUGCACCAAACCACUGAACUCCGCUUGGGACAGCUGAUCUUGGGAACGUCCCAGCUUGGCUUUUCCCAAGCUCACGUUCCUCCUCUUCUUACCCGUUCCCAGAUAACGUCAGCCUGACCUGUGCAAAGGAGAACCAGCAUACAAGCUAUGGGUGUUAUUACCAGCACACCACACAAGGAGCUGUGUCCCAGAGCAGAGCCAGGGG